AUGUCGUCUGAUCCUGCCGGCCCGCUCGACCCCACCUCCCUCUCUUCCCCUCCGUCGCCGCCCGACGGUAUGCCGCCGCCAAUAUUCCGUAUCAUCAAGACGGCGGCAUCGUCUGUUGGUAACGGCAGCGGGAGUGCUGUGGCAGCUGACGAAGCGUUUGGCCGCUCGGCCGUCCCACGGCUCGGCACUCUAGUGCUCCCCGGCCGCACGCCGGUCCCAACACCGAACUUCUUCCCUGUCACAUCGCGCGGUGCCGUGCCGCACGUGACACCAGACAACGCCGUCCGCACCGGCCUCGUCAACGGCGCAUAUUUUGCGCUGGAAGACUCUGCUGCCUCCCAUCUCGGCAACGGCCCCAGCCACAUCUCCAUUGUCACCUCGACCGGCUUCCAGAAGCUGACCCUUAACGCGUACCAUGCCGCCAUUGACAACCUGCGCCCCGACAUUGCCGUGCCCAUGGCGGACCUGACAUACGGCGGCGGCACCAUUACUCACAUGGCAAACAACACGCCCGCAAAAUCAUCCGUCUCGGAUUAUGUGUCCGUGCCGCACCCGGCGGCGAAGCGUGGCUACCGCAUGGCCGAGCGCACCGAGGACUGGAUCGACCAGGUGGAACGGGACGGGGUGGCCGACGCGACUGGGAUCGCGCUGUUUGCACCGACGCUGCCCGUUCCGUACGCUACGCAGUGGCAGUACCUCAACCGGCUGGCCGAGUUGGCAAGAGCAGGGGAGGCGGACGAGGCUGUUGGCAACGGUGGUGCCGGUAAAGCAAGACCCACCGUCGCUGGCCUGGCUGUUUAUGAUGUCGAUCUUCUGCCCGACCUGCACGCCGACUACGCCGACACCCUGGUGCCCCUGCCGCGCCUGUCUCUGCACCCGGCUGUGACGCCGCACCACAUCCUGCGCCAGGUCGGACUGGGCAUUGACAUCAUGCUGUUGCCGGCCGUCACGGACGCUUCCGAGCAAGGACUCUCCUACACCUUUUCCUGGGCGGCCACCGACGUCGGAUCCGGCGAACAGCAAAAUGUGGCGAGCGGCGAAAGCAGCGCCGCCCGGCUGCCCCUGGCCAUGGACCUAACGGACCCUGUGUUCAAGGCCGACACGCGGCCCCUGCGGCCCGGCUGCCCCUGUGGCGCCUGCACGGCGCACCACCGCGCGUACAUCCACCACCUGCUGGACGCCCGCGAGAUGCUUGCCUGGACGCUGCUGCAGGUGCACAACCACCACGUUAUGCGCGAGCUGUUUGCGGGCAUCCGUGCGACCCUGGCCGACGAAGGCGUCGCAGGCUUCCAGCGCCGGGCACGGCAGUUUCAGACGCUGUAUGAGACGGACAUGCCGGUCGGACGGGCGACACGGCCUCGGCUCCGGGGCUACCAGGUCAAGACGGAUGGCGUUGUGGAGGCCCCUUUGAACAAGCCUCAGUGGGGCCGUUUAGAGGAGGUCCCACCCACACCGGCCGGUGAUACCAUGGCGGUGGACGCGUAA